UGGAGAAAGUGGUUCUGGAAAAACAGUAAAUACAAAACAUUGCAUGUAUUUUUUGACUUCAAUAAGCCAAAAAGAAACAGAGUAAAAUAAUGUUUCUUUAGAAUAAAAAAUUAUUAGUUGUAAUCCAAUUUUGGAAUCUUUUGGAAACGCCAAAACAAUAAGAAAUGAUAAUAGUAGUAGAUUUGGGAAAUAUAUAAAAUUAAUAAUUGAUAAAAAAACAGAAAAGAUAAUCGGAGCAUAGACACAAAGUUAUCUAUUGGAAAAAUCAAGAAUUACUUAUUAAUCAUUGAAUGAGAGAAAUUAUCAUAUUUUUUAUUGUUUAUUGAAAUGUGGAAAUAAUUAAUUAUUAGAAAAUAUUUAUUUAAAAAAUCCAAAUUAAAAUUUUGAAAUGAGCCAUUUUUAGUAUAUUACAAAAUCAAAUUGCUUUUCUUUAAAAUCUCUUGACGAUAACACAUUAUUUAUAGAAAUAAAAUAAUCUUUUAAAAUACUAAAUAUUUAAAACGAUUUAUUUAUUUGGAAAAUUAUUGCUUCAAUUCUACUGUUAGGGAAUAUUGAUUUUGACGAAUCUACUUAUGAUAAUGAUAUUCCAUGUUUAAUAAUUGAAGAUAACAUAUCAUCUAUAGCCAAAAUAGCAAAAUUAUUAAAUGUAAAUGAAUAAACAUUAAAAAAGGGUUUAUUAUAUAAAACCAGAUAAGUGGGUAAAUAAGUUUUUGACACUCCUUAAAAUAGAAUGGAUGCUAAUUAAUCGUUACAUUCUUUAUCUAAAUAUUUAUACGAAAAAUUAUUUCUUUGGCUUAUUUUUGUAAUGAACACAUAACUAAUGCAAAGCGGGUAUUGUGAAAAAUCUCAUUUAUGCAUUGGAAUUCUGGAUAUUUUUGGUUUCGAGGUUCUUGCUGUAAAUUCUUUUGAACAAUUAUGUAUAAAUUAUGCGAACGAAAUAUUAUAAUAAUUAUAUAUAUAAUACGUAUUUAAAUCUGAAUAAAUCGAAUUUUAAGAAUAAGAUUUAGAAAGUGAAAUUCAUAAAAUAGACUUUAAUGAUAAUUAUUAAGUUAUUGAUUUGUUAGAUAAAUAUCCAGUAGGAAUAUUUAAUUUAAUAGAUGAAAAUUCAUAAAUAGCAACAACAGAUGAUAAAUUAAUUAAUAAAAUUAAAGAUAUUCAUAUCAAGAAUUCAUUUUUUAAAUCUCCUAAAAUCGGAAGGGAAAUAUUCACUAUUUGCCAUACACCAAGAGAAGUUGAUUAUAACGUUUUAGGUUUUCGUUCUAAAAAUAAAGACGAUUUAAAUGUAACUUUAAUAAAUAUGCUUAGUGAUUCAAAAGACAAUAAUAUUAAGAAUAUAUAUGAAAAAUAAUAUACUAUAUAAUAAAAUAAUAAUGAAAACAUUAAUUAAAAAUAAUAAUCAGAUAAAUUUUUGGGAGCCAAAUUUAGAACUUAAAUAUAAGAAUUAAUUUAUAAUUUGAAAAAAAGUGAUGUUCAUUUUAUUAGAUGUAUAAAACCGAAUGAAGAAAAACAAUUUUUUUAAUUUAAUUAAUAGCUUGUUUUAUAAUAAUUAAGGUAUUUAGGUGUUUUGGAUACAAUAAAAAUUAGUAAAAAUGGCUAUCCAAUAAGAAUUUCUUUUGUUGAAUUUUAUAAAUAAUUCUAUUUAAUUGAUUUAAGAUCAAAAAGUUAUGUUGAAUGUCUUUAAGAAAAUUGUGAUUUUAAACAAUUAGUAUAGGGCUUAUAAUUGUGGAAUUAAAUUGAUGGAAAUAAUCAUUAAAAUAAAAGUUAAUACUUAUUUGGAAAAUCCAAAGUAUUUAUAAAAAAUGAUUAUUAUUAAGUUUUAGAGGAUUUAUAUAUUGAAAGAAUUUAAUUUGUAGUUAAUAAAUGUAUAAUAAUCCAAAGCAAUUUUAAAGGAUAUAUUUAAAGAAAAAAAUAUUAAUAAUAUGUAUCAAAGCUCAAGCAUUAUAUAAGGUGGUUUAUAUGUAAAUAUGAAUACAAGUUAUUUUUGAAAAAAAGAAAAAGCGCUUAAAAAAUAUAAAGAUAUUAUAGAAAAUACAUUUUAUAUAAAAAGAAAAAAUAUGCCACCUUUGUACAAAAAUACAUUUAAAGAGCUUACCAUAUUUUAAAUUUUUAAAAUAUGAAAAAUUAAUUGGUAAAAAUAUAAAGAUUUGCAAAAAAAUCAAUUUGUAGAAAUAAAAUGAAAAGAUAUUUAACUUUCAAAUAUAAUUUAAUAUUGCAAAGUCUUAGUGAAGGGUGGAUCAAAAUUCUGAAUUUUAAGACAAUUUUAAUAUAAAAAAAUAUAAGGGGUUAUUUAUGCCGAUAAAUUACUCAUAGAGAUAUUCAAAAAUACUUAAAUGAAUAUAGAAUAAAAAGAAUAAGAUAAUAAUAAAUUAUUAAAAUAUAAAAUGCAGUAAGAAGAUAUUUAAGAAAAAAAAGACUAUAAUUAUUAAAUUUGAGUGCAUAAAAAAUUUAAGGAUUUGUGAAAUCUGUAUGGCUUUCUUAAUUACUAAAGAAAAUAAGGAAAGCAGCAAUUAUAAUAUAAAUUUACUUUAAGAGAUAUAUGCAAUAAAAUCAAAUUUAGCGUAAAUUUAUGCAAUAAUAAAAUUAAAUGCUUAAAAGAACACAAUAAUUAGAAUAAGCCUGUGUUUUUACAUCCAAAAUGAUUUUAACAGAGCAAACAAACAAUACUUCUUUUGACUCUAUAGAAGCUAGAAUUGCAAGAGAUAAUCUUAUGCUUUAGGACAAACAAAUAAGAUUUUUUAUAUUACUACUCGAUUUUAAUAUCCUUACAGAUAUUUCUGAAAUAUAUGAACCACUAUCCUGGAAUUAACAAUAUGCCCUUUUAUAGAAAGAGUUAAUUUAAAAUGCUUAAGAUAUUACUUAUAUUUAGGUUGGAGAUGCACAUACUAUUGCAAGUGCGACAAAUGGCAAAUUAUAUUCUUGGGGAUGGAAUGAUUAUGGACAAAUAGGAGUAGAUUGCUCUAAUAAACCUUUAUAAAUUAGUUGGGUUGAAAAUAUAAGUAGGCCAUGUAUACUUACUUUAGGUAGUAAUCAUUCUAUAGUUGUUGAUGUAGAAAACAAUAUGUAUUCACUAGGAAAAAAUACUUGUGGAUAAUUAGGUUUAGGUAAUGCUAAUAUUAUAUAUGAACCAGAAAGAGUAGAUACAAUUCAUUUAAAAAAUGAUGAAAAAAUAAAAAUUGUAAAAAGUAAAUAUGAAAUGAACAUUAUUAUUACUGAUAAAGGAAGUGCUUUUGUAUGGCCUUUACUGAAUCAAAUAAAUAUUCAAGAAAUGCAUUUUGCUAAUAAAAUAUAAAUACAAAAUGCUGUUUGUGGGUUGAAUUUCUAAAUUUUUUUAGCAAAUAAUGGAAAUCUUUACAGCUUGGGAAAUAACGAUUAAGGAUAAUUGGGUUUGGGCGAUUUUAAUUAGAGAUUUAAAAAUCCUUAGCUUUUAGAAUAUUUUAUUAAUUAAGGAGAAAAAAUAUAAUAUAUUGAAUGUGGAUUAAAACAUGUUAUUUGUAAGUCUUUUUUGAAUAAAAUUUAUACUUGGGGUUGGGGUUUUAAAGGAUAAUUAGGCAUAAAUAACAAAAAUAAUUAAAACUUGCCUUAACAGGUUAAUAUAUAAAACAAUAAAUACAAAGUUAUGCAAGUAUAAGCUUCGUAUUCAAGUACUUUAGUUUUAUUGGAAAAUUAAAAAAUAUUAUGGUGGGGAACAAAUAAUAAAAUUAAAAAUAUACUGACACCUUAAGAAUUAAAUUUAAGUACAUUAGAUAAAUGUAUGCAUAAUAAUGACUUUUAUGUUGUGAAAAUAGAGGCCUCUUGGAGUAGAACUUUAUCUUUAACUUAUUUAAGGAUAGCAGAUUGUAGAACAAUAUAAUAAAAUAACAUUUUUAAACAAAAAACAAUUAAUACAUUAAUAUAGAAAUAUUAAGAUUCUUAUUUAAAUAAUAUUGAUGUUCCAUUUUUCGGUUCUAAUAUUUUUUCUAAUAAGCAUACACACAAAGGAAUGUACUAAUAAAAAAGAGUUGGAAUCAAAUAUCCACUAAAAAAAAAUAUAAUUAUGAUGAUACCUUUAAACAUUUUAUAAACUAUUGUUAGCAACGAAAAAUAGAACAAUAUAAUAUAAAAGCUAUUUGCUACAAUUUCUUAAGAAUCAAACAGAAGUUAUUUUUUCAAAGAUAAAGAACCAAUAUAUGAUAAAAAAUGCACUAUUGUUGUUAGAUAAUAUGCAACUUUAUAUUUUAUACUUGUAAUUGAUUAGGAUGAAAGCGAGUUAAGUACUUUAGAUUUAAUACAGGUAAUUGUAGACGGAUUUGAUACUUUAUUUGAAAAUGUUUGUGAAUUAGAUAUUGUUUAUUUUCCAGAUAAAAUCAAUGCACUUUUAGAUGAAAUAAUUAUUGGUGGUCAUGUUAUAGAAACUAAAAUACAAGAAAUAUUGUAUGUUCUAUAAUAAGUUUAAGAAAAUGAAUUAAAAAAUUGA